AUGCGGCUGCAGUGCGAGGUGGAGGUGCUCAGCCGGCUCCUGCCCAGCUGCGGGCUGCGGGGCCGCGGCCGCGCUGCGAGGGCGCUGCUGUCUCUCGGGCGCCCGCCCGGCGCUGCCGGUGCCGGGAUUUACCUGAUGGUGUGCACGGCGCGGGACCGCGGCGGGGCUCGCUACAAGGUGCAGCAGAACGUGGAGCGGCUCUUCACGCGCUUCGUGGAGGAGGGAAAGGCCACGGUGCGGCUGCGGGAGCCCGCGGUGGAUCUGUGCCUCAGCAAGGCAAAUGUGAUCAAUUUAAAGACUUUCCUUUCAGCCGUGAGACUGGCUCACCAAGGCAACGACACCGGAGUUCUCCCUCUCUCACCUCUGGUCCCAGCAAAGAACUCCGACGUGGAGAAACCCAAAACCAAAAUGAUCAUCACUUCCAGGAGGGAUUAUCCCCUCACCAAGAGCUUCCCUUUCUCCCUGGAGCACCUGCAGACCUCGUACUGCAAACUGGCCAGGAUCGACAGCAGGGUGCUGUGCCUGAAGAAGCUGCGCAAGCUGGACCUGAGUCACAACCACAUCAAGCAGCUGCCGGCCACGCUGGGGGACCUGGUGUGUCUGCAGGAGCUCGACCUGCACGACAACCACCUGGAGGCCUUCAGCGGGGCCCUGUGCAGCUCGGGCCUGCAGAAAUCCCUGCAGUUCCUGGACCUGAGCCAGAACCAGAUCCAGGCGCUGCCCAUCGAGUUCUGCCAGCUGCGGGGCCUGGUGCAGCUGCGGCUGGAUGACAACGCCCUGCUGCGCCUGCCCUGCAGGAUCGGGCAGCUGAGCCACCUGCGCUUCCUGUCGGCCGCACGGAACAAGCUGCCCUUCCUGCCCUGUGACUUCAGGAAACUCUCUCUGGAGAACUUGGAUCUCUUUGGGAAUCCUUUUGAGCAGCCAAAUCCGCUGGUUCCCAACAUCCAGCUGAAAAUCCCAUUGACUCUGUUGGAGUGUGCUGCCAGGGCCACGGUCAAUCACAGAAUCCCUUACGGCUGUCACCUCCUCCCUUCCCACCUCUGUAAGGAUCUGGAAGUGGCCAAAACGUGUCGGUGUGGGAGCUCCUGCCUGAGCAGCUUCAUCCAGAUCACAGUGACCAUGAACCUGCACCACGUGGCGCACACCGUGGUGCUCGUGGACAACAUGGGGGGCACGGACGCUCCCGUCCUCUGCUACUUCUGCUCCCUGGACUGCUAUUCACAGUUCCUGGACAGGCACCUCCAGAGCAAUGGGUGACACCAGCUCUGUCCGCUGUGUCUGGGGAUGGAGGAGCCUGGAGGCGUUUCCUGUGGAGACAAAUCCCUCUGGGAGUGAGGGGACGUGCCUGGCCCGACUCUUGUCCCCCUCUGGAAUCUCCUCUGGUUGGAACACAAUGUUUAGCUGGAGAGAACCUCCCUUAGAAUGUGUUUCCCUUUCGCUGUUUCCGGGGCUUUGCUCGGAGUUUGGUGGUUUUUGUGGGGUAAGUGGUUCCUUCCUGGAAGGACAAAGUGGAUUUAUCCCAAACUUUCCCAGGUGAGGCUCUGAGCUCUGCCCACGGGCAAGGACUGCACUCCGCUCUUCCCAAGGGAGGAGAAGCCGCAUCCAGACCGGUUAAUUCUAGGUGCUUCUUUUUUUUAAAGGUUACAACAUUCCCACUGGGAGCAGGGACCAGCAUUGCUGGGUUUCUACCAGAGCAAAUGUGGUUUUGGGGGUUUUUCUUUGUGAUAUCAGAAAUGUCUUUUUUCUAAAUACGUGCCUGAAACUUUGUUUCUUAAUCCUCCGAUGAUUCUUGAAUUUGUUUCACUGUGUUGACUUAAUAAAUUU